ACAUCACAUCCCCACAGUUCAGCGGCAUGGAUGAGUUUGGUUUUACCUCCUUCAUUGCUUAUUCAAUGAUCCAGAAUAUCAGCUCUUACUGUGAAUUCAGACUAAAAUUUACUCCAGCUGAUCCAGACAAGGCCACAAAGGACAACCUUAUCUUCUUUACCGGGCAGAAAGGUCAAGGGUUGAAAGGAGAUGAUUUUCUUGUUCUGGGCCUGCAAAAUGGAACAGUAGUUUACAGCUUUAAUUUAGGCUCUGGCACCACCACGAUAGUCAGUGAGCCAUUGGAUCGACUCCUUGAGAUGCACAUUGUACGUUUAGGAAGAUUCCUCAGAACAGGAUGGCUGAAGGUGGACAAGCAAAUGAAUAAAACUCGCACUUCCUCCGGGACUUUGAUGGGCCUCAAUGUUUUCAGCCAGUUUUACGUGGGAGGAUACAGCGAGUACACCCCGGAACUACUGCCCAACGGUGCUCAUUUCAAUGAUAGUUUCCAAGGCUGCAUUUAUGAAUUGCUGGUUCGAACAGGCAAGGAUAGUAGGUUUAGAAAACCUGGAAGCCCAGAAGGACAUCCUAAUGCCGGCCGGAACGUGGGCCAGUGCAGAGUUUCCUCGUGUAGUCGGAUGAAGUGUGGGAAUGGAGGUACAUGUGUGGAAAAGGCUUCAACUGUCUACUGCCAGUGUCGUCCAGGGUGGAAGGGAGCCUUCUGCACAGAGACUGUAAGUGUGUGUGAUCCUCAGCACAAGCCUCCACACCAGUGUGCCCCAGGUUCUCUCUGCAUCCCGCUACCUGAGGGUUACACCUGCCGUUGCCCCUUGGGCACCAAAGGGGUCCACUGUAAGGAAGCUUUGACCAUCAGCGACCCUGUCUUCAGGAGUAAUGAGUCUUCCUGGAUGGGAUUCUCACCCUUUAACAUACGCCACAAGACCCACAUUAAGAUGCAGUUUCUUCCUCGGUCACCAGAUGGCAUCUUGUUCUACACUGCACAGCAUCUCGGCACUCAGUCGGGAGACUUCUUGAGCAUUGGACUAGCGGGUGGCUUUGUGCAGCUUCGUUAUAAUUUAGGGGAUGCCACAGUUGUCUUGCCCUCAACCAAGGCAGUGGACACAGCUGGGAAAACCUGGCACUUCAUAGAGGCUGGCCGGACUGGAAAGCAAGGAUACUUGAAACUGGAUGGAAUCAAUGUGACCAGAGCCUCCAGUGUUGGCAUGACUGCACUGGACACCAAAACGCUUUUCUUUGUGGGCGGUGUACCCAACUUGAACGAGAUCAAUGCGGUGGCAGUGGAGAAUGAGCCCUCGGGCUUUGAUGGCUGUAUCAGGGAGGUUGUGGUGAAUGAUUUUGAACUCAAAUUGACCGAGGAGGGGGCCAAAGAUGGUAGUAAUAUCGGCGAUUGUGACGGAACAGCCUGUGGUUAUAAAAUAUGUGUAAACGAAGGAAACUGCAGUUUGGACUCAGCAGCGAACUUCUUUUGCUCUUGUCAACCUUUGUGGGUUGGAACCAACUGUGAGAUACCAGUGAUCUGCCUCAAUAACCUGUGCAAACAUGGCUCUCUCUGUAUUCCUACUUUCUCCACUGCAACAUACAGAUGUGCUUGUGCCCUAGGAUGGGCAGGAGUCCAUUGUGAGAACAAAAUUAUGCUUUCUACUGUAAAGUUUUCUGGCAACUCUUAUGCCAAGUACAACGACCCAUUGUACCUGAUGAGAGAUCUCCGUUUUACCUCCAUCUCUCUCAAUUUCACCACCAGUGAGAAGGAUGGCCUGGUUUUAUGGAUGGGGAAAGCGGAGGAUGAAGACAACGAUUAUCUUACCAUUGGUAUCUCCAGAGGAAACCUCAAGAUCGGAGUAAAUCUGGGGGAAAGAAUCAUUCUGCCAUUUGUCUUCGGAAAUUCCUCAGUCUGUUGUGACAAAUGGCACUCUGUGUCCGUUCAUCAAGACCGGACCAUCAUCACCGUGAAGCACAACGGCAAGAGGAUACUCUAUGAAGACCUGGAUCCACGGAGAAGAUACGUUGCUUUGAAUUAUGGGGGGGUUUGCUACUUUGGGGGUUUUGAGUUCUCCAGGAAAGUGAAGAGUGUCACUGCUGGCCUCUUUACUCAAGGAUUAGUGGGCCGAAUUAAAGAUGUUUUUAUAUUUAAGGACCCAAAACCGGUCCUGUUUUCUAGUAACAUGGAAGGAUACAAUAUCUUAAGUGGAGAUGAAUAAUGAAAUGCAAUGAUACCAUUGUGAGGUACUACAUUCAUCAAGAUUGU